GGGACGAGGCUCGCGCGCGCUCGCGCUCUAUCUGUCUCUCUCUCUCUCUCCCUCUCGGCUCCGACGGGCGACGGACGCGAGACUCCGUACGCGCUGGCCCGGCACCCGAGUGAGACGACGACCACCAGCGAGACGACGACGGUGCCGCAGUUUGUUGUUUAUCGCAGGCGCCGCGUCCGACGAUGACGGCACUCGAACGCCGCGGUUGGUUCGCGGGAGAGACACAGUGACCGAACGGGACAUCGGGAUUCGCUGGGCUGUUGGCCGCGCGUGUGACGACGACGACGACGACGACGCCGACGACGCCGAGUGUUGCCGAGCGUAAAUAGUGCCGCUGGAAGAUCCCCCCGAGAUGCCCGACAGCGCGAUGGAGGAGGACCUCCUGGGCCCGGAGUGGCUGUUCGGCGAGCUGAGAUCGCAGGACGGUCCCAGCAAGCUUCUCAUUCUGGACUGUAGGGCACACUCCGACUUCUCCGACGCUCACAUAAGGGGCUCGGUGCCGCUGACCAUACCCAGUAUCAUGCUGCGACGACUGGCUGCUGGUAAAGUGGACCUCCUGUCCACGAUACGGUGCUUAGAUCUGAGAAACAGAGUGGAGACGUUUCUGUGCGGGGACGCGAGCAGGCGGGGGACGUUUGUGCUAAUCGGCGACUCCACGGAUGCGGGUCAUCACGGUGAGACGCUGCAGGUUUUGAGCCGGAGACUUAAGAGCAGCGGGGGACACGUCGCCGCCUUGAUCGGUGGUUUCGAAGCAUUUAAAGAUAAAUAUCCGGAGUGGUGCGAGGGUAGUCAAGCCACUAAUGAAUGCGACCCAGCUCAGGACAAUAACGAUGGCGAAUUAAUGGGCCUUAGAUCCCUUCGAAUAUCUACUCCACCGAUCAGGUCUUAUUCGGACUCUGACAGUGACAGCACGUGUGAUUCAAUUGGUCCCGAGGAAGAUAAAGAUUUUCCGGUGGAAAUUUUACCUCAUUUGUUUCUCGGUAACGCGGCCAAUAGUGAGGAUCGCGAGUCUUUAGCGCGGCACAGCAUACAGUACAUACUCAAUGUGACACCGGACUUGCCAAACGUAUUUGAAAGCGGCGGCUCAAUAAAGUACAUGCAGAUACCGAUAAGCGACCACUGGAGUCAGAACUUGGCUAGUUUCUUCCCGCAGGCGAUUCAGUUUAUAGAGGAGGCACGGAACUCGGAUAAGGGAGUGCUGGUACAUUGUUUGGCCGGGAUUUCUCGAUCGGUCACGAUUACCGUGGCUUAUCUUAUGCACAAGUGCAGCCUCAGCCUGAACGACGCUUUCAACCUAGUACGUAGUAGAAAGUCCAAUAUCGCACCGAAUUUCCACUUUAUGGAGCAGUUGCACAGCUUCGAGCAGGAGUUGAGGGACCGAGGGGGAGAGAACAAAAGUACCGACCAGAGGUGCAUCGGGGCAUGCCGACCCAACGGGCCCUGCAAUUGCCCAGCGCCCAGCUUCCUGAGCCCCAUUGACCUGGGACUCAGUCCCGACUCGGGAAUCGAGUUUGACAGGUGGGCGGCAAGUACACCGGCCGAAUGAAACGGACUUGGGGGUACCCAAUACAAAUUUUAGGUCUCUCCGUCACCACGCAUUAUCAGGUAAAUCCUGGCCGAAGGUUACGAUAAUGCGCUUUAUCACUUUUGAUAUGCCAGACGAGCAUUCGAGUCCGCGCCCCGCGGUAUAUUCCAGAUGGAAUGGAAUAUUAGACGCGUUUGGCGAGCGCCGAGAGGUAGAUCUUAGGAGGCAUCCGAAGUUAGUUACCGCGCCGACACUUUCCUUUCGUAACUUCUCGUUUCUUUCUAACGAGCCUCUCAUUCCUAGGGUGGCUGCGCACAGCCACGUCUAUCAAAGAUGUACAAAUUAUUUAAAUUCUGAAUAGAUAUAUUGAGUUUUGAAAAGAUUAGUUUUCGAAGACACGCGUGCGUAUCGCGACAGUUCUUCAAUACUCAACGUAAUGUAGAAGAAAAGGAGACGAAUACUUUUGCCAAAAUUUAGAAGUAAUUUAGGAAUGAGGGGAUAAUACUUAAGUAAAGAAAAAAAAUAUAUAUAUAUCAAUUAGAAAAAGAUUAUCUCUUCGUUAGACCAUUAGCUCUUUUCAGCGUUCAGUAAUACUAUGCUUCGAUAUAUUCCUGCAGCGACGAUGCCCUGUCUAUCUUGAAAUUUUCAAUUACGGAAAUCGGGCACCGUUACGUUAUGCCGUCGAAUCACGCUAAUAGUCGAUGCAGUCGUGUUGUGACUUAGGGAAAGAGUAAAUGAUAUGGCUGUUGAUGCUCUUCCGUGAAAAAGAAGAAGCAACGUUUAUAAUACUCUUUUCUGAAUUGUUGUGGCAGCAAAGGACAUUGAAAGUAUUUUGUAAACGAGAUCCCGUAAUUUCUCAUCGCGCAACAGUCGCGCAAUUGUAAUUGUACAUUCUGAUGUUAUGCUUCCAAGUUUUGAGAAACCUUUAGCGUGUAUAAUUGUAAACGGUAUGCGAGAUAUAUCGGAUUCAAGUACUAUAUAUUCGCGAGGUAAUAAUGCGUACCGCCAUACCUCAAGAGAGUUCUAUAACAUAUAUAUAUAUAUAUAUAUUUUAAUACUUCUUUCCCCAAAUCCUUCAAUUAAUGAGGCUGUGUUUAUUUUACUGCAAGCGGUAUUUCAUGCGCGAAGUAAUCUCUAAAAAAACGACGAGUUCCCACCAGGCAAUUAAAAGUAGUUGAAGAUAAAGCAUCACCGCUUAGUAUGCUAAGUUUUGUGGUACAAAAUUAAGGGAGCUUCUGUACACACAGGGACGAAUUUAAAGCUUCACGCGAGCACGAAAUAGAUUCCUUCCCCUCCCUCUCCAAAAACAACCAGAUUGUUUAUUCGCGUAAGCUGCUAAGAAUGCGCAGAUAUUUUCUUUCAGAAGCUAGCACUUCCGAAGUCUGGAGGCCCAAGUAAGGGCCCAAGUAUCGUUCAACCUGAUUCUUAAAUCCGCCAUUGAGCUUCUACUCAACUGUUUGUGUAAAAAGUAAAACUCAAGAUUUGUAAUGGGUAAUUUUCCAUAGUAGUUUUUCGACACACUAAAGUAACUUACGUCGGGUAAUUGCCUCAAUGCAUUCUGACCUUCGAGAUGCGCGAAAGGUAUAUGCACGUCGCCUCAGGUACAUAUGCCAGUAACUUAAGUUUAAGAGAGGACACAUCUUAGGAAUCAGUGCAUUUCUGUAGGGCAUUCCGAAUCUCUCCCGCUCAUGAGAAAAACCAGGCUUGUCAACGGUUUUAACGGAGUUUAGAGAAACUUGUGUCCAAGUUACUCGGAAAUGGUAUAUGAAGGCGUUACUUUAAACUCUUAUUCUUUAUCAAUUCUGCAUGGUUGUGAAGAAAUUGCUGAAAAUUCAAAGAAUACGCUAUUGUUAAUGAUAAACAUAUAAUAUUUAGCCAAUUAAUAACGUUGUAGAAAGGCGCUCUGACUGUUUUAAGAUCUUAUUUUCUAAGAGCACUUCUUGACCACUUGACUGCACAGCUCUCGACAGGCCAAUGCUUAAAUGUGAAAUUCCAUGCCGACUUGAUUUCCUCAUUCAUUUUGUCACGGUUGAUCUCUUGAUAUAUCUGUACAAAACGUCCAAAUUACAGGCUUUUUUUCGAUUUCGUUUUAACAUUUUCUUUUUAAUCUGACAAUGAGAUAAAUGUUACUGUUAAAGUAACGCUUUCAAAUAUCAGAAAUCGGUUUUGUCGCCAAGCAGACUCCGUCGUCACUGUUACAUACAGAAAUCUGAAAGAUAAUGGUUCCUGCACGUUACAUUUUCGCUGGCAUCAGAGCAACUUCGGAUUUUUUACAUAGAUACUUUUCUACACGAGGACGUCGGGCUUGUGCAUUCGUAUGAAGAGACGCAUCUAGCUAUUUAUUGCUAGUAAUAACUCUCGUGCGCUAAAUUGGAUUCUGAAUUGUAUGAAUCAGCACUGUUUCUAUUAUCUUACAGAUCUCAGAUAUAUAUUGAAAGUUAUUUUUGUAAAGAAAAGAAAAGAAAUGCAUUCACAUUCCCGAGCCAAAAUGGCCUGACACUAACUAUCUUUCAUCUACUACUAUAUGUAUCGUUCAUUGAGCAUAAUUGAAGUUAAUAUGAGUGUGUAUACAAAUGAAUGUUAUUUUUGGUGUAAUAAUUAACUGCAAGAGUCGCGACAAUUAAUAACUCGUGGCUGUUGCAGGAGUAAAUUGAUAUAUAACUAAGGAAAUAUGUAUAUAUACAUUAUAUAUAUAAAUAUAAGUAUAUAUAUUUAUAUAUAUAAUAUAUUUAUAUAUAUAUAUUUGACGUUAAUAUAAUAACAAUAUUCUACUAUUACACUGUUGUCUGUUGUAUGUUUACUGGGUGCGUGUGCCCGAGAAAUUUAAUCAAAUAUUAUAUGUGUAUAUUAUAUAAAUUAUUAUUUUAUAUUCAUCGUUGUAUAUAUUUUAACUAAUUUUCAUUAGAAGUACAACUUAUCUUACUUAAACUAUAAGUAAUCAAUUGUCAUUUAAGCAGGUCAUUUACAUUCCAUACAACUAGCUUUGUCUCUUACUUUCCAAAUUUGUUUGACGAUGUAAAACGAAAUAUGUGGAUUGUAUACAUUUAUACAUUGGGAUAUUAAUAUUGCCGCGGCAGUAGUAGUAAUUAAUUCAAUUUCUAUUAUCUCAAUGUCUAACAGUUGUUUUAAUUUUUUCCUACAUUGCAAAUGCAUAUUGUUAAUUAAUUCAUUUUUGUACUUCUGAUGUAAAAUCGAUGAUAAAAUUCGGAGAAACUGCAUCUUCGAAUUUUGUGUCAUCGAAGUAUAUUAUAAAAAUACGUAUUAUGUAUCUCUUGACAUCGUUCGUUUAUUAAGAAAUAUUUAUGUAUGCUUUACGACAAGAUGAAAUUAAAAAGUACGUAAAAGCCCUAAAACACAUAUCAUUUUGUCUUAGUCCCGAUACAGUCAAUAUGUAUGUCGAAUAACUUUAUCUUGGUCAGUUGUAAUGAAGAAUUGAGCAAAUAAAUAAAUUGUUAAGAUAUUAA